UAAUAGUAUACUGUAAUUAUUAGGCCGGAAGAUUUCCUCAAAUAUUGCCAGUGCCAGAUUUUGAAAAACGGCCCGUAAAGGCCCAAAUAGAAAGCCGAUUCUCCUUUCUUGCCCGCCUCACUUCUGAGUUCCGACUCUGGAGCGGAGCGGCAGCCAAAUCUCGACCACGUCCGGCAACCGCGCCCCCUCGGCUUUGCGCCCACACCAAGCCACCCUCUGUUCUCCUCUUCCGUGGCGGACUAGCGGCGCACUGGUGUGGUGCUCCUCCAAGCUCUGGUCUGCUCCGCGCCCCGCCUCCCCGUCGACCGGCGACUUUGGCCCCGGCCCCCGGGCUAGGAAGCGAGUUCACCGGUGGAUCCGCGCGUGUCCCUCCCUGUUACCUGCGGGUCGCCCCAGCCGGCCACCCGCGCCCCCGCACCCUACUGACUUGGGCUUGCUGUAUAGCACGGACCAGAUCAAGGGUCGUCGUCGACCACGUUUGAGGCUUGGCCAUGCCUUUAAAUAUAGAUAUUGAUCUGUUCAAGCUGGAUAUUGAUGAGCUGAUAGCUGAUUAUUCCAAGGAGAACUGUACAUCACUCUUCGAAUUCAAACGAGUAUGGAUGGGCAAGAAAUUUUCUUAUAUCUAUGAAGGCAGACCUAAGACAAACUCAGGUUUAUUCAUGCAGUCCCUCUUUCUGCAUUGUAUUGGUCAUUUGACUUCUCAAAGUUCACUGCACCAAAGAUUGGCUGGGCUAUACUGCCUUUACUGUCUGUAUGAGUGCCAGCCAUACAAGCCGCAGUUCAAGAUUUACUUGUCUCUUGAGGAGUGCAGGCAACUGAAGGAUAUCGUUGUUAUGGCGAAGCAAAAUGGACUGCAGCUCGUGCCUGCACUUGUCAAAAGGAUGCUGGAUAAAGACAUGUUUUUGUUUGGCUACAUGAAUUUGAUCAACGACAACGGGGACAAGCAGGUCGAGGAAUUGACCGCAUUGCAGAACAAGCAAGUAAAAUUUGCAUGUGACAAGUUAUUUGCAAAUAGCCAAGCAGAAAGAUAUAUGCACAUGGACUUGGGUGCUGAGUUCGAGCUUGAUACCAUCAAAAAAUUGUCAAAGGAGUAUGCAGAAGCAAAGGAACUGGCCCUUGCAGAGGCAAGCCAAACUGUCGAAGUUGAAGAUGCUAAGCACCUCCUUCAGAGUGAGAGGCUGUUGGGCGACAAGAUAGAUGAAGUCGUCAAAGAAUGGGAUGUCCAGAAGGAGGGGUUCUACGAGAGAACUGGAUUAUCCUCAUCCCCUGGUGACCAGCUCAUGGCGGUCGACAACGAUGAAUCAGGAGCUCAAUGUCACAAGGAUGGAUCCUGUGGCGAUCAGCUCAUGGCGGUCGACAAUGAUGAAUCGGGAGUACAGGAUCACGAGGACCUCGACGACGACGACGAUGGCUUUGCCGAGUUAGAACUGCUGCUAGAGUGAAGAACAUAUACAAGUCUGUAAACUCUUACUACCGCCGUAUAACCGUGUAAUCAGAACACCGAGAGAUGUAAUCCUCGCUCGUCUUUACUAGGCUCUCCUUUUUAGUUGCCAGACCUUCUGUUCAUCUACACUGGCUGCAGUAACUGUACAUUGAAAUAAUCCAGUUCGCCAGCCUAUGCGGGGGAGAGAAAAAA